AUGUACAGUGAUAAAACAGUGCGAGUGCACAUAGAAAGACCAAUGCCUGUGCACAUAGAUAAACCAAUGCCAGUGCACAUAGAUAAAACAAUGCCAAUACACAUGGAUAAAACAACAUCAGUGCACAUAGAUAAAGAAUCACCAGUGCACAUACAUAAAUCAGUGCCAAUGCACAUAGAUAAACCAAUCCCAGCACACAUAGAUAAACCCAUGCAAGUGCACAUAGGUAAACCAAAGCCAGUGCACAUAGAAAAACCAAUACCAGUGCACAUUGAUAAACCAAUGCCAAUGCACAUAGAUAAACCACUGCCAGUGCACAUAAAUAAACCAAUUCCACUGCACAUAGAUAAACCAAUUCCACUGCACAUAGAUAAACCAAUGCUACUGCAUAGAGAUAAACCAAUGCCAGUGCACAUAGAUAUACCAAGACCAGUGCACACAGAUAAACCAGUGCCACUGCACACAGAUAAACCAAUGCCAGUGCACACAGAUAAACCAAUCCCAGUGCACAUAGAUAAAGCAAUGCCAAUGCACAUAGAUAAACCAAUGCCAGUGCACAUAGAUAAACCAAUGCCACUGCAUGUAGAUAAACCAGUGCCAGUGCACAAACAUAAAGCAAUAUCAAUGCACACAGAUAAACCAAAGAAACUGAAAAUAGAUAAACCAAAGCCAGCAUACAUAGAUAAAACAAUGACAAUGCACACAGAAAAGCCAAUGCCAGUGCAUAUAGAUAAACUAAUGCCUGUGCACAUAGAUACAACAAUGCCAGUGUACAUAGAUAAACCAAUGCCGAUGCAUAUAGAUAAACCAAUGCCAGUGCACAUAGAUAUACCAAGGCCAGUGCACACAGAUAAGCCACUGCCAGUGCACACAGAUCAACCACUGCCAGUGCGCACAGCUAAACCAAUGCCAGUGCGCACAGAUAAACCAAUACCAGUGCAUAUACAUAAAGCAAUUCCAAUGCACAUAGAUAAACCAAUGCCAAUGUACAUAGAUAAACCAAUACCAGUGCACAUAGAUCAACCAGUGCCAAUGCACAUAGAUAAACCAAUGCCAGUGCACACAGAUAAACCAAUAGAAAUAUACAUAGAUAAGCCAAUGCCAGUGCAUAUAGAUAAACCAAAGCCAGUGCACAUUGAUAAACCAGUGCCAGUGUGUAUAGAUAAACCAAUGCAGGUGCACAUGGAUAAAUCAGUGCCUGUGCACAUAGAUAAACUGCCAGUGUACACAGCUAAACCACUGCAGUGCAUAUAG